AUGGGGGUCCACGGUUUCACCACCUUCGUGGAAGGGAACCGAAAUUUCCUCUUUGAUGUAAAAUUCCGAGCCAACAACCUAAUUAUCGAUGGCAGCAGUUUGUUUUUCAAUCUCUAUUUGAAACAUUCUUUGGACCGAAGGCACGGAGGAGAUUAUGAUGCCUUUGCAUCCCUCGUCCUUGAUUUCUUCUGUGCCCUGCGUGCUUGUAAUAUCGAGCCCUAUGUGCUUCUGGAUGGAGGGAUUGACCCCAGUAAUAAAAAGUUUCAGACUCUGCAGCAGCGUCUGCAGUCCAGAAUAAGAGAAGCAGAUAACAUGUCACACGGUCGCAACGGCUCGGUUCUUCCCCUCCUUACCAAGCAAGUCUUCGUUGAAGUCCUCAUUCAGGAGAAAGUCCACCUAGUGCAAUGUCUCACAGAGGCCGAUUGGGAUAUUGCAUGUUUGGCUCAUGAAUGGAGGUGCCCGGUUCUGAGCAACGACAGUGAUUUUUUUAUUUUUGACCUGCCAGGUGGGUACAUGCCCCUCAAUUUUUUCCAGUGGACCAACCUCAACGGUAAAGCAUCUCAGCGCUACAUCCCAGCUCGAUGCUACACCACUCCAGUCCUCUGCAGUUUCUACCACAGAAUGAACCCAGAGUUACUGCCUCUCUGCGCCGUCCUGACUGGUAACGACUACGGCGCCCCAAAAGAAGCAGAAAUUCUCCUCCAGUUGAUCACAGAAUCAGCAAGAAACGUCAACCAAAGGAACAGUAAAUCCCCGUCCUCCCGAAUUGACGUCUUGCUUCGAUGGCUGUCCUCUUUUUCAUGUUCGGCGGACGCAUUAGCUGAAAUCAAAAGCCUCAUGAGGGCAAACAGUGGCGGGUCAAAGAAAAAGCAAAAAGUUGGGCUCACUACACAGCUGGAGAAACUUAUGAAGGAGUACCACGUCACCCCUCGGAGCCCUUUGUCUUGUUGGUUCACUGAAAACAAAAUUCCAGAAGGGUAUAACCAAACAUUACCCAAUUGUUUGUUAAAGGCAGCAGCUCAAGGGCUUGUAUCUCCUGUAGUGGUUGAUGCUUUGGUGAUGCGAAGGGUGCUGCUUAACCCACAAGUGGAAAACAGCAGGAACCCGAGCAGCUAUUGUUGCGCCAGAGCGAUACGACAGGCGAUAUAUGGAAUUUUACUGCUGGACGGGAAGAAAAUGAGUGCUGGCAAAUUGAUGGUUUUUGUGGAGGAGUUUGAUCGGGUCAACCUCAACUUGAAGGUAAACCAAGUGGAGCCUCAGUGGUUAAAAUCACAUUUCCACGUGGAUACGCUGAAUAAGGUCCCUGAAGCACUCAGGUGUAAUGCCUUUUUUGAAGUCCUAAGGGUGAAUCCGGCUGCUUUGGUUCAUGUUCCCGCUAACAUCCGGCUAGCAGUUGCAGUAACCAGCUUCUGGCUGCAGGAGGCCAAACCGAAGCCUUCACACUAUCAGCUUCAGGCUUUAGUCAUGGGAAUGGUUUACGGAGAGCUGCUUUUGAUGGAGAAAAGUGGAAUUGUAUGCUACCAAAUUCCUGCUCCAAUUUCCAAGUUUCAAUGGGGUGAGGAGCACAGUUUCAUCGCUUACAUGGAUCACCUCCGUUCGAGGUCCAGGAGCAAUUUUGUGGACAUCGCAGCGGCUCACAGCUUCAGCCAAUGGCAGGCUUGUCUUUGGAGCGCACUCUGUUUGAAUCAACUUUUGUUAAGGCCAAUCCAGGAAAACCCCCUCUCGCGUUUGUUCAGUGGUAGCUUGGUGCAUGGCAUUCUCAGCUUUCUAAAAGAGGGCGGAAAAGUAAGUCACGUGCUAACGGAGGUUGCUUCCAACAUUUACUCCACCCUGUUGCACGCCGUGAAGAACUGCAGCACCAAAGGUCAGCCUUCCCCUGUGAUGGAGGUCAUGGGGCGAGGUGGAGGACGAAGAGGAAGAGGAAGAGGGAGAGGGGGACAAAGUAGAGGAAGAGGACAAGGAAGAAGAGGGGCUGAGGAGAUAAGCAACCGAUUUGCUGUUUUGGAGAUGAACGAGUAA